GUCCUUAUCAGAUUAUGGCAAACACAAUGUACAACUAUUUCUCCUGUAUGACAAGAAUAAUGGUAUGUAGAUAUACUGUGAUUGAAUGGAUAUAAAUGGUCAGAACUGGAAUUUUAAUGACUAUGGCCUGUUGUAAACAACACUGAAGUAAACAAACCAGAAAAUGAUUCCGAAAUGGUGGUGUCUGAUGAUUGUAUUUUCAGCCUUUAUGAUUCAAGUGAUAUCAUUUGGUACAGCGGGAGCCAUUGGAUUGUACAAUAUAGAAUUUAUAGAAUACUUCAACGUUGGAGCAGCUGAAGUCUCCUUGAUUGGUUCCAUUAACCUUGGUGUUUUCCUAGGAGCAGGUCCUUUUGUGAGUUUACUAAUGAGACAUAUGAGUUACAGAAGAGUAGCUGUCAUUGGGAGUUUACUCAGUACUAUUAGUUUGCUGUGUGUUCCAUUUUUAGAUAAUAUCAUCUAUCUGUAUAUUAUAUAUGGAAUAUUUACAGGUUUAGGAUUUGCUAUGGUAUACCUACCAUCAAGUGUGUUAGCAGGCCUGUAUUUCAAUGAACAUCGGAGUCUUGCUACUGGUAUUGCAACAAGUGGAUCUGGCAUAGGAGCAGUAAUAUUUCCAUUAUUAGUACACAGUUUGAUCCAGUAUUAUGGCUGGAAGGGGUCAGUUUUCAUCCUUGCUGGACUCAGUUUACAAUGCAUUGUAUUUUCUGCUUUAUUAUUUCCACUGGCAGAAAUACCAAACAGGGGAGAACUGAUGUCAGUGUUGACAAACAGCAAUAUACAUGACAAACAAACAAAUAAUCAUGAAAUUGACCACAUGAUGACCAAUGGUAAAUGUGAGAAUUACAAUGGUCACAUAAGUAUAUCAGAGAAUGACAAAACAGUUCAGGAAAAUGGUGAAGUCACAAAAUUAAUGGAAAAUUUUGAGCCUGAAGCUGAAAAAAGUUUAAAGCAUUGCUAUGUUUUAUGUGAUUUUUCUUUCUUUAUUUUCUUUCUUAAUAACAUACUUUGGAACAUGGGAGUUGCAAUUUCUUGGAUCCUUGCUCCAGAGUACUUUGUAUCAAUGGGAUUGACCAAAGAAAAUGCAGCUACUAUUUUAACAUUUGGUGGAGUUGGUUGUUUCAUUGGUUGUAUAAUUGGUGGAGGACUGGGAAACAUACAAAGCCUAAGUAGAUUGUCUAUGUAUAUAUCAUGGAAUAUUGCAGUAGGAAUAUUGAUAAUGUUCUUGCCAUUUAAAAUUUUUCAAUCAGUUGAAAUUUUGUCAUUGAUAAUGUUUUUAAAUGGACUUGGAUUUGGAGGAAUUUUAGGACUACUAGUCAUUUUUACAGUUGAUCUGCUGGGUGAAAAAGCUUUGGGUGAUGCUUUUGGAUAUUUGAUGCUCAGUAAUGGUGUAGGAUCUAUUAUUGGUCCACCACUCGGAGGAGCAUUUAAAGACAUCCUUGGUACUUAUGAUCCCACAUUUUUCUUUGCUGGUACAUUGAUUGUUGUUGCUGGAUUAUUGAUGUUCCUAAUACCAAUAAGAGACAAGUUUGUUCCCAGACCAAAGAAAACUGCAAUAGGACUGACAAUAGAAGUUAAUCUCAAAACAUAACAGAUGAUAAUGAUCUCAGUGUACCCUACUUAACUUGAUAUUUAUCCAGGUGUUUUGUGAACAUUUAUUAUUAUUUAUUUAAUGCUGCUUAGUUAGAUGAGACUAAAAUUGUUAACAUACAAUUCAUUUGUUUCCUCUAUUUCUCAUUUAAUCAUUUGAAUUCAUGUUCAGCAUUUAUGAUUUUAAUAAUGGCAUAAUGAGCAUUUUUAUGCCUCCACCGUAGCGGUGGGGGCAUUAAGUUUUACCCUUGUCCGUCUGUACGUACGUACGUACGUCCCAAAAUUGGUUUCCGUUCACUAACUUGAGUUUGCCUCAACCAAAUGUUAUGAAACUUAUACACAAUGCUUAUUACCACAAAACACAGAUCAAGUUUGAAUUUUGGUGGCUUCACUAUAACCGUUCUAGAGUUAUUCCCCUUUAUAAAUGGAAAAAUUGCAAAAUUUUUAGUUUCCGUUCUCUAACUUAAGUUUGCCUCAACCAAAUGUUAUGAAACUUAUACACAAUGCUAAUUACCACAAAACAAAGAUCAAGUUUGAAUUUUGGUGGCGUCACUUUAACCGUUCUAGAGUUUUUCCCCUUUAUAAAUGGAAAAAUUGCCAAAUUUUUAUUUUCUUCUAAAUAUCAAGUAAUUUUUAAAAUUGGAGUUAUCUUCCUUUGUCCAUGAUUAUAGUUGAAUCAACUACAAUCAAUGCUUUAUACAAUGGAAUGUUUAAUUUUGACUUCCACUGAUAAAACACAGAUCAAAUUGAAUUUGGGUAGUGUCACUUUAACCAUUUUUGAGUUAUGCCCCUUUAUAAAUCGAAAGAUUGCAAAAUUUUUAGUUUCCAUUCAGUAACUUAAGUUUGCCCCAACCAAACAUUAUUAAACCUAUACACAACAUUCAUUACCACAAAACUAAGAUCAAGUACAAAUUUUUUGUUUCCGUUUUCUAACUUUAGUUUGCCUCAACCCAAUGUUAUGAAACUCAUACACAAUGCUUAUUACUACAUAAUACAGAUUAAGUACAAAAUUUGGUGGCGACACUUUUACCAUUCUUGAGUUAUGUCCCUUUAUAAACAUAAAAAUUGAUGAAUUUUUCAUUUCCGUUCUCUAACUUUAGUUUGUCUCCACCAAAUGUUAUAAAACUUAUACACAACCGUUCUAGAGUUAUGCGUGUUUACAAAUAGAAAAAUUGCUGAAUUUUUAGUUUCUGUUCUCUACUUAAGUUAGCUUCAACAAAUGUUAUGAGACUUACACACAAUGCUUAUUACCACAAAACUCAGAUCAAGUUCAAAUUUGGGUAGUGUCACUUUUACCGUUCUUCAGUUAUGUCCCUUUAUAACUAUAUGAUAUGCAAGCAGGGGCAUCAUCUGUGUCCACAUGUGGACACUAUCCACAUUUAUUUAAUUUAAAAUAGUUGGUAUCUUGCUCUCCUCUAAGUUAUAUAUUUCAAAAGCAGUUAUAAACUUAAGAAAGUAAUUUUGAUACAUAUUUUAAUGAAAUUUUUGAUAUUAAUACAAUGUUUCUUUACUUCUCAUCUAAAUAGUUUGGUCCCACAAGAAUUAUUGGACUUUUAAUCUCCAAAAACUAUGGAAACAGUAAACAACUUUUUGGAAAUGUCCCUUCUCUUAUAUAUGCUCGGGAAUGGAAGGAAAUUAACACAGUUGUUUAUCAUCAUGUAUACCUUCUUUGUCAAGUUUGGAUUAGUUCUGAGGAGUUAUUGGACUGAUAGCUUUGUUCAGUCAUUUUUCUAGAUCAGUUAAAACUAUAAGUGACCUACUGAUAUUGACACAUUUAGAUCAAUUUAUCUAUUGAAGAUAAUGCUAAUCUUUCUAAAGAAUUGCUGUAAUUCAACUAUCUAUAUAUAUAGUUGUGCCAUGUCAAGUGUUUUUGUAUACCACCACCAUACCUCAAAAUACAUAAAAUGAAAUCCUACCAUCCUACCUGAAAGAAUAAAUAUGAUUUAAUAGAAACUCUUCCAAUCUUCCAAACAUUGAUUUUGAUGUCUUUGCUUUAUUAUGUAUUUUACUUCAGCGACAUAUGGCUUAGAUAGGCAAAGCUAGUAUUGGUCAACAUUGUACCUCUGGGUUUUUUCGGAGGAGUAGGGUGUUGGUUGUUGGUGGGGUUGGUUGUUCUAACCAAUAUUUUAAGUGACUCCUGUUGGUUUUUUAUGUACUAUGCAGUUUCAUUUUGUAUCAGUCUCAAGUUUUUUUUCAUCCAUUUUACAAGUAAUUUUUAGAGAGCUCUAAGCAUGUACUUUUUUUAGGACAAAUCAAGUGAUACAUUCUAGAUAGUAAAAUGGGUAUGUUUGUGCGCAUGUAAAAUGGUUUAACCCCUCUACAUUUUGUUUCUGUACCCAGUCAAACAAGCUAUCUCAGCCAUGUGUUGUUCCUUGUUGUUUUUCUUUGUUUGUAUAUAGAUAUAGGAAGAUGUGGUAUGAGUGCCAAUGAGACAACUCUCCAUCCAAGUUACAAUUUAUAAAAGUAAACCAUUAUUGUAUAUCUGUUUGUUGUUUUUGUUUUGUUAUUAGGAAGAGUCUUGUGUUGGUGGCUGAUGUUGUCUGUUGUGCUUCAGUAUUGUUGGUGGCUGAUAAUGUCUGUCGUACUGUCCAGUUUUGUUGGUGGCUGAUGUUGUCUGUUGUGCUGUCCAGUAUUGUUGGUGGCUGAUAAUGUCUGUUGUACUGUCCAGUAUUGUUGGUGGCUGAUGUUGUAUUGUCCAGUAUUGUUGGUGGCUGAUGUUGUCUGUUGUACUGUCCAGUAUUUUUUGUGAUAUCUGUUAUCCUUUUUAUGUAUUUUGACUAUCUUUGAUUGAGAAGGUGGUCAUCAAAUCCCACCUCUAUUGCUUUUAUAUUUAUAAGGGCAUUGUCAAGUAGAAUAAACUUGUAAUUUGUUUGUGAAUGAAAUUUGUUGGUAAAUAAUUUAGUUACUAGCAGUCAAUAAACUUUGUCAGUUUAACUUACAUUAUUACUGCUAUUAAAACAAUAUUGUAACUUUCUUCUAUCUUUUCUUGUAAUACUUGAAGGUAGGAAAAGAACAUAUUUUAUUAUGAGUUUGAUUGUAAAUUUUAAGUUUAUGAUUGUUUUUAUACUGGAACUAAAGUUUCAGACAAGUUUCAACCCUUAGGCACUUUUGGGUGUUAUUUUUUCGAAAAACUUGAAAUACUGAUAUUGUACAUUGUUGCAUAGUCAUCAAUUAAAUUGCACUGGUUUAUUUUUAUGUGUUAGUCUGUUAUCCUAUUUUUUAAGCAGAAUUUAAGUCUACAUUGCUGUUUUAGUGAUUUUGAAUUUUUUAUAGUGAUCAACUAUUAUUUUUCUAAUUAUUUUUUUACGUUUUAUAACAAACUAAUACUAUUGGAUAAGUGUUUAGUAUGCUGUUCCAUUAGCAGUUGUAAUUAGAACAUAAAGAAGUCAGGUAGACAUAUUUUUUCUGUAAAAAAAAAAACCUUUAAAUGAAUUGUUUCAUCUGUUUUUGCUGUAAAAAAUAAAAUAACAAAAAUACCAAACUCAAAGGAAAAUUCAAAACGGAAAGUUUCUUGUCAAAUGGCAAAAUAAAAAGCUCAAACAUAUCAAACAAAUGGAAAACAACUGUCAUAUUCCUGACUUAGUACAGGCAUUUCCUUAUGUCUCUUUGACACAUUCCCCGUUUCCAUUCUCAAUUUUAUUAAUAGCAUGAGUGUUGAAAUAGUCCAUGGAUGGGGAAAGGAAGAUAACUUUACUUUUCUAUGCACAUCAAUUGGCUAUUUUAAACAGGUUUGAAAAUAUAUACAACAGGAGUUUAUUAUAGGACGUGCACAACAUGUGUCAGAAGAAAUUCUUGACAUUCAGUUGCAUAGCUAUGUUCUGCAUGCAGUGUACAUAUCGAUAUGUCAAGCAACAUAUGUCAGAAGAAAGCCUUGACGUUCAGUUGCGUAGCUAGGUUCUGCAUGCAGUGUGCAUAUCGAUAUGUCAAGUAACAUGUGUCAGAAGAAAGCCUUGACGUUCAGUUGCAUAGCUAGGUUCUGCAUGCAGUGUGCAUAUGGAUUUGUCAAGCAACAUUUGUCAGAAGAAAGCCUUGACGUUCAGUUGCGUAGCUAUGUUCUGCAUGCAGUGUGCAUAUAGAUAAGAUAUAUUUUUGCUGUAUGUUUUAAUUGGUAUCAAUGAAGCAUAUUGUUUAAUAUUCUGCAAUUUAUUCUGUAAUUUUUAUGAAAGUCCUAUUAUGUAGGAAACAGUAACUGUAUGAACUUGUACUAUACUAGUCUGAAACCUAUUCAUAAUUGAGGCAAAUAAAUUUUAAUUCACAAUUGCAUUUAAUUAAGUAAAGUAAGAACAAUUACAAUGAUAUGAUUUUUCUAGAAAUAUUGUAUUACUGUCAUUUGAAUAUUUGAUAAACAAUUUGAAAUUCAUGUUUAUAAUUUACCAGUUUAUAGUAAAAAUCCACUGAAUAAUCCACAUCUAAAUGUCGUCUGCCAUUUAGGCCAUGCGGUCAUCACACUUGGUUGAAUCCAAUUUUCACUUUCAGUUGAUUGUAUAUCGAUAACGAUAACGUCUCUGUAUUGCAAAAUUUACACAUUCCAUAAUUACUUCUAUCUGUCAUUAUAUGUUGAUUUUUGAAUCGAAAUGUCUUGUAUUUUCGUGAAGAUCCAACUUUACCAACUGUAGUGACUUCACGCAUCUUGCUUGAAUUUUAUGAAUGAAAUGUACUUACAUGCUUAGUAGAACCCAUGUGUCACUUGGAAUCGUUUUUCAAUAAAUACACUAUUUUUACGUUUCUUCAACUGUUUUCACUAAAUCUUUGUAAUUACUUAUGGUAUUUGUGAACAUCGUCUUCAAUAUUUUGUAGAUGUUAAUAAUCACUAUCCUUGAUAUUUAUCAUUUUGGUCCGCCGGUGACACAUAUGCUUUUUGCAACAUUGUUUACGUAUUGUGACUUCCAGUAGAGUUGUAUUUUUAGUUACCAUAGAAAUUUGUUCAGUACCAUGUAAAAUGUGUUUAUUAUAUAACUGUUACUAAAAUUGUAUAUAAUUAUGAUUUUUGUAAUUUAUUAUAAGAAUUCUAAUAUUUAGUUGGACAGCAAGCGCACGAUCCAACAAUUUUCCAACAGUCCAACAUUGACGUUAUUUUGACGCUCGUUUGGCAGUUCUGCUUAAAUCUUUGGUCGUUACAGUAAGUAUUUUAUUUUGCUCGUCAUUAAUUUUAGUCAAAAUGGUUAAUUUUUCUCACAAACUUCAUUUUUUUAAGGUUAGAUUGUAAAGGAAAAUAGUAAAUUUAUUGUUUUCUAAGUUAGAAAGGAAUAUUUCAUUUUUAGCGACUCUUAGGAGGCGGACCCCUAUAUUUUUGAUCUUUUGCUUAAAGUAUUUUAUUCUUUUGGUAACUUUAGGAAAGUUCUAAAAAUUGUUUUAAAAUAUCUUUUGGGUUAAUUAUCAUAUUAUUGCUGGCAAAGUUUUAUAAUAAGUUAUCUUUUAAAGUUAGGAUUAUUGUAAUUGUACAUUUGAAUUUAAUAUUGUAGUUCACAUUUACUGUUAACCUUUGUCUUUUUCUAAUAAAUUGAAUUAGAUAGGAAAACAUUUGGCAAUUAAGGGAUAAUUUCCUAAAGGUCUUGAAAUUAUAAUAAACAAAACAGUUUAUUUAAGGUAUAAACUGUAUUUCAUUGUUAGUUAUUAUUCGGGAAAGGUUCUGAAUAUAACUAAUAAUAAUAAACAUUUUUUUUAUACAAAUAUGUCAGAAAGAGGUCUUCUGACAAAAUUCACUUGAAAUUAUUAUCUAUUUUUAUGCAAGUUAUUUUCUUGGUAAUAUAGCAGGACUCAGCCUUUAAUGUAUUUUUCAAACAUACCAACAUACAUUUAUUGGUAAUAGCAAGUGUUAUUUUUUAUUAGAAUUGCACAGACAAAGUUAUCCUGCAAUCAUAUCAUUAAUAUUUAUUAUCUCUUGAGUGUAGAGAUAAAUUAUUACAUGUAUACUGAAUAGAUUCUUGUCACAUCAUCUAAAAGUCUAUAAUUUAAUUAUCUUACUACUUAAAAUUGUUUGUUGUUUAUGCUGAAUAUUAAUUAAAAUAUCUGAUUCUCGAAAUGAAUAAAAUAUGGAAACUUA